AUGGAGGAAAAUAUGAAAUCUCAAGGUUCCGGGAUGUUUAAAAGUAGAAAGGGUGGAAAACAGGCGGAAGCUAUACAUUGUAGCGCCUACAAUAGUUAUCUUAACUCGUUCAUCAAACUGGAGGACAGGCGUUAUCUUCCCAACGACAAAGCAAUUCAGCAGCUACUUCCCUUGAGGUCCACAGUGGGAACCAUUGUGAUGACACCCUCCCAGUUCAAGGAGGCCCACUUCUCUCCCCUGGGAACGUUCUUCUAUUUCAGCGAGCACAAUGUCGCCAACGACCCGUUGACCCUAGCUCUGGCCGAGCGCGAAAAGCCAAAUGCAUUUAAAACACUUUCGACGAUAAUCUUUGUGAGCACACGAGACUCGAAAGGCUUCAGUGUGUCUGGCUACAUCGACUUGGAGCAGAGUCUACGCAGUUUUAAGACCGCUGGGAUCAAAAGUCAUCCCUGGGCAGACAUUUUCGCAGGUCACCGGCGCCUCGAACCAGAUCAGCAGGAUCUGAGCUUCAUCUCCUGGAACAAUGGCAAGGUAUUUUACAACGACUCCGAUAACUACAAAAUUAUCCCAGAUGCUGUCAGGGGCCUGAGCUUCUUGUACAAGGGCGAUGGCUCGAUACUCACUAUAGAGAAGUAUAUAACCGAAGAGCAUUCAUUAUGCACGUUCAUAGAGUCGCCGAAACACGGAUCGGCCGUCAUAUACGAUCACCGUAUACGUCGAAAGAUGUGAUCUCUGAUUGAUAUAUUGCAAAUUCAGAGUGAAACUUUUAUUGCCUGUCAUGGCAUAUUAUGAUGGAAAUACGAAAGGGAUUUUCAUACGAUUAGAUCUAUAACCCAAAUACUCUUCACUUUCGCUAAGAUACACUUCCAGAGGAAGUCCAAUCAAAACAUUUGAGAAACCCAAACAAUAUCACGAUCAUCAAAAAGUUGGCACCAGAUCGGCAAGAGGAAAAACAAUCGAGAGGAAAACUAGAGGAAGUGCCCAAUGGCCGGCCAGACCGACUGAUGCCGUCGACGUCAUGGACAAGCGCCACAAGGAAUCCCGCGAGAGCACGUUGCGUAUACGAACUGUGGGAAAGACUCUGAGCACGUUGCGUAUACGAGGAGUGGGGUGGACCCACUCUCCGUCGGUCUUCGAAGACUGGAGAGCGGUCCGCCGGCUGAGAUCAGUGCUAGUCGAUCCGGCAGUCAGUAGGCGUGCACAGCGCUCCAAGACGGGUGCUUCCGCUGCGUGAAUAAAUAAAUUCCCAAGAACA